AUGGCCACAGUUGCACUGCCGGCACGACCAGACGCCACGGUCAUUACCUCGAACAAGCCUGCGGCAUCCAAGAAGGCUAAGAUCAAAUGGAUGAAGAAAGAUUUUGCGCCAAGUGAUAUUGACUGCCACUACGAUCCUGAGAUAGCGUCGCGACCGCAGCAGCCACUUGUUGAUGAUUCUGAUGCGCAAGACGUGCGGCAGUUGUUAAUGACAAUUAACGGAAAGCUUGACCAGCUGUUGCCACUCCGAGAGGUAGUUGAAGGCAUUGAAGAUACUUUACGAUUUCUAAGCGAACAGUACGAUGAACUGCAACAACGAACAGAGCGAAAUGAAAAUGAGAUCAAGGAACUAAAACGCAGAACCGAAAGGCUUGAAGGAAACGAGAGUGACAUCAAUCAGCUGCAAUCUGAAAUUGACCAACUUGAAUGGAGGAGCCUUCGCUUAAACCUGGAAUUUCAUGGGAUUCAGUACUCUGAAAAAGAAAACCUGCUCGAAAAGCUAAACAAAGUAGCCAUGAAGCUCGAACUUCCACAGCUCUCAGAAAAUGACGUUGUUUCAGUUCACCGGCUGCCGUCAAAAAAAGAAAAGAUACCGGGUAUAAUCUGUCGCUUCGCGAAACAAGCCGAUAGGGACCGCUGGUGGAAAAGCAGAAAGAAGUUGCCUGAAUCGAAAGACGAUGUAUUCCUACUUGAAAAUGUGACAAGAAGGACCCGUGAUUUACUCUUUGAGACAAAGAUAUGGGCGAAGCGCGCGAACUACAAAUAUGUGUGGCAUAGCAACAGCCGUGUUCUUGUCCGAAAAGCAGACGGUGAACGCGCAGUGGCUGUUUCUACCGCGAGAGAUCUUGAUAAGCUCGUUUAAAAACAGUUCUUGAUAACGAUGACUUGUGCAAGUGGGGAGACUUACAUAUUGCCACAAGUAUUCAGUCAGCAUUUAGGUAAAAAAAUUUCUGCAAUCCUUUAAAUGC